GGUAUUAAGUCUAAUUUGGCUGUUGAUUGUUUUUGCAGGUGACUCAUUGCAGUGCACACCCCUGGAUCGAGCAUACAAAAGCAAAGUAUUAGGACAUUAUCCAGACUCGGUACCAUGGAAUCCGUUCGACGAACACGCUGUCUGCAUGCUUUGUCUGCCAAGCGGUUUGCGAUUCCGUACGCAAAAGCACUCGGUGGAGCCGACCUUCCACUCCUUCGUCCUCACGAAAGAAGACGGUCACAGGACGUACGGGUUCAGCCUUGUUUUCUACGAGGAGUGCCGCAAUCGCAAAAUAUGCGCCGCUAUGCAAACGCUACAGGCGAUGCACAUCACGGAGCUCAGCAGCGGCCAAAACGGCACGCCUCCUACUGCGAGGAAGGGUCAGGAUGGACAUAAUACGAGAUCGCUGCCACGUCAUUUUAAAUUGUCAGCCCAUUCGCCCGGUGCUGCAUUAGGAUAUUAUGACUCUACCAAAGACAAGUUGCUAGUGACGAAAUCAAUAUCCUUGCUAUGCCAACAACCUUACCUCCACGCGGCAAAGACGUUCCUCACUAAUCUCUAUAAGUGUGUUCCUAGACAUCCCGGACCUGGUCUUAGCUUAGAAUCUUACGUGUAUAACCUUCUGUAUAACGUACCAGUACCGUUACCCGGCAAAUCGUUGAAGUUUUUCGUACCUAAUGAUGAACCGGCGAAAUCGCCGUUGGAAUUGGUUAUCCAUCAACCAUCUCCAUCGCUGGAACUACCGAUGUUGGACUAUCCUCUCAAGGACGUGUUUACGUGGUUGGGUGCAGACUGCCUAAUCCAAUUGUUCACUUGCGUGCUGUUGGAGAACCAAGUUCUCUUGAGAAGCGCUGAUUUUCACAAGCUGAUGGUGGUGUCUGAAUGCAUAACGGCGCUCUUGUUUCCUUUCUCAUGGCAACACGUUUAUGUACCGAUAUUGCCGGCGAGUCUGCAUCAUUUCCUAGAUGCACCUGUGCCCUUUAUAAUGGGUCUGCAUGCGCACAGUGAGGGUGGCGUACUAAAAAUCGCUAGCGAGGCAAACCUUUGUUAUGUAGAUAUAGAUAAGCAAAGUAGCCAAUUUCCGGAAGAGUUACCUAUAUUUCCUCAUAAAAUGCAAUUUAUUACUGAAAUCAGAGCGCUUCUAAACAAGUACAAAAUACCACAUUCAGGAAAGACUGAUAACAUGGUCAUUAAUUAUUACAAUGGCGACAUCAUGACCAGCAGCCUGACGCUUCCCGGUUCUGGUUUUCAUCUUCCUCGCAGAAAACAUUCUUUGCACGAUGUGCUAGAUUGGGAUCGGCCGGAACCAGGGUCACAGUCAGAUAAUCUGCAAAGAAUAGUGGAUAUUGUUAAGAGAACAGUAAACAUGGAUGAUAUUGAACCUAUAGAAGAUGACACGGAAAAAAUACUCACUCCGCAGGAGGAAUAUCAAGAGACUCUUAUCUUCAAUAAUGCUAUUAGGGAGAUCUUUUUGAACCGUUUUGUACAAAUGUUUUCUAGUUACGAACAUUUUGUUAUUCAACCAAGUCAGGACAAGGAUGAAUGGAUAACCAAUAGGGAUAGUAUGCACGUUUUUGACAAGGCUACGUUUUUAUCUGACCAGCCGACUCAACAUCUGCCGUUUUUGUCGAGAUUUCUGGAAACACAGAUGUUCGCUUCUCUCGUUGACAGCAAAGUGAUGUCGACGUGGAGCGAACUCGACUGUAAUAUUAAAGUUUUCGACCAAAGAAUCUCCGCUCUAAAGAAGAAAGUCGGAGAAAGCAUCAUACGAUCAAUGCGAUACGAGCCUUGCACGAACAUCGCAGAUACGCAAAAAAUACUCGAACAGAGAUUAAUUAGCAUAGAUUUUGAAACAAAUCCGCCUACGGAGAUUCUUCCUCAUAGAGCCGCAUAUUUUCGGAGUUUUCCGUUGUUGGAUAAUGUCGCGUUGAAUAAAGAGCCCGCUCAAAGUAUACUUCGUAGUAGAAGAGGACAGACACAAUGGAAAUAUAAGAUGAAAUCCAUGGAUACAAAUGGAAAGCCUGUAACACCCCAAGAAUCUCAAUCACCUCGACCUCAAACUAAACUCUCAGCGGACAUGAGCCCUGCUUUAAUAGCGCAAGCUAAUUGGACAUUUGUAGAAAAAUUGCUCAAGGAUUGUAAAUCAAAAACAAAGAGAAUGUUAGUGGAGAAGAUGGGAUCGGAAGCCGUCGCACUUGGUCACGGGGGUGAGUCUCUGUCUGACGUCGAGGAGAACACUUUAGUCGCUAGUCUCUGUGAUCUGUUGGAACGAGUGUGGAGCCACGGACUGCAAAACAAGCAGGGCAAGAGCGCUCUUUGGUCGCACUUGACCAUGUACCAGGAAUCAGAAGAAUGUAAUGACGCGACUAAGUCUAUAGAUCCCAACUUUCUUUCCCCUGCUAAGAAAUCCUCGAAUAAGUUUUUCGAGAUACCGGAUCGUUUGGUUUCAUUUUUGAGAGGCAAAAGUAUUAUUGAAAUUGCUUCUUACGUCAAGGACAAUUUUAACGAUUUGUCGAAUUUGCAAUUGGAGACGGACGUUUCACCUACAAGAGGUACAGAGAGGCACAAGUCUCCCGGUGAGAGGAAAACUGUCGGUCCUGAACACUUGAGACCUCUCCCGGAUUCUCUAAUCUUCGACAUCCGUAAUGUUCAAGCGAUGACCGAUAUCAAAACACACAUUGGGUACGCAAGAGCGUGGGUGCGGUUAGCGCUUGAGAAGAAAUUGCUGUCGCGCCAUUUAAAGACGCUACUGUCGGAUACUGCUCUAUUGAGGAGUCAGUACAAACGAUCAGCGUUUUUACGUUGUGAAGAAGAGAAAGAGCAAUUUUUGUACCAUCUUCUGACACUGAACGCUGUUGACUACUUCUGCUUCACAAAUAACUAUCCCACGACAAAGUUACCGUAUCGAGUUGUGAUAUUCCCCAGUCGAAAGGCAAGCGCCGCUACAACUUCAGCUAAUAGUUGGAUCGCCAUUUCUGGCACACUCUGCGAAACUAAUCCCGUACCCAUACCAAAAGGAGCACUCGAAUUUGUAUUUCAUCAUAAAAAUUUAGGCGUGUUGUCUACGUUACGGAUUGGACAUGACAAUACUGGAUUAUCACCAAAAUGGAUGGUGGAACACGUUGUAGUGAGAAACGAAGUGACUGGACACACGUUUAAAUUUCCCUGUGGUCGUUGGCUCGGUAGAGGAAUAGAUGACGGGUCUACGGAGCGUUUAUUAGUGGGUGCUUUAGUACCUCGAAGCAUUGACAGCGAGGAGUUGGUAGAGUCAUGUUCCACACCUCCAAGAUGUAGAUCUCCGAGCAUACCUAGGCGUCCUAUAUUAUCGCAAGUUGAACUGCAACACAUGCUCGGUGAAGCUGUAAACGCUAUAGUCAAAUAUCACUACAGAAGAGAAUGUCAAGAUGGUUCUUUGACGGCUCUGCUAUGUGGAGAAGGCGGUCUCGUGCCGUCUUUGGAACAAAUAUUUUUAUUUGGUUUUAAGAAUCAGAGAAUAUUUGGGAGGAACUUUUACGUGUGGGACUACCUCUUACGCGUAAAAGAAAAUUUCGAGAUUUCUCUGCUAGAGGAAAUGGACGAGUAUUCUCAAAGACUCAACCGAGAUAGAAGGGUAUACACGGAAAGCAGCCAAAGAUUCACGAUUUUGAGAUGUUAUUGUCAUCUCAUCGAUCAAAUUAAUAUUUUUAGUCAAACUUUAGGGAAAGAUGGAAAAUUUCAGCUAUUUAUUUGUUUGGCGGCAAGAGAACAGCUUCUUCAUCCAAUGUUGCGGCCGAUGAGUGACGCGCGUUCAACGACGGAUAUGUACGAGGAGAAUUCGUUUUUGAGAAAUCCUACUUUAUUGACCUUCCUCAUUCAUAUUCUUGAGCCGUUGAGCGAAUUCCAUAUUGUCCUUGAGAAGAGCUUGACUCAUGGAAUUUCAAGUAUAUGUUAGUAUUUGCCAAAACGUAUCGAUGUACACUAAUUCGUUGCAAAUAUUCCAUAUUCUUUCGAUAAAUGUCGCGAAUCGUGAAAUAUUUUCUAUCUUAAAAAAUACGUCCGCGGUUUUCCAAUGUUAUCGGUAGAAGCUAUUUGUUAUUGUGGUGUUUUUAAUUACUGACAAAAUUAGAUCGAUCAAGCUUUUCAUGGAUAAAAACAUAUAUAUUUAUUCUUAAUUGACAAGAGAGCCGUUUAACUAAAUACUAAAUAGUAACAAAUGACGAAUUCGAUUGUUAUUACGUAUGGAACGAUAAAAAGCUUGAAAUUCUUAAUAAUGAAAUGAAAAUUUCAUUAUUAAGAGAUAAAUUAGAUGGAUUUAAUAUUACAAUAAAGACUGUUAUGGGGAUGUAGCUGUACAAUAUGCUUUUAUGAAUAACAAAUUAGCGACAAGAGAGAUUAACGUGAGAUUUGUCAGAUAUAACAUUAAACAUUAAGGAGAACGGAAAUCUCGUUCUGUUUCAGAAGCGUACAAUAUUAUUGUCGGUGAUAAGAAAUUAAUAUAUAAUCAGAAUAUAUUUGGCCGCAUCUUGCCAUAGCUAUUAGCACGAUAAAGGUGGUGUUCGUUGAAAUAUUGAUACUAAUGACAAAUUGUGUACCAAAGAUGUGAUCCCAUUUAAUCAAUAUCAUUUUACAUUACCAUUGCUGUUAGAUGUUAAGUUUCUUUAUUAUUAUACGUUAUCGUAUAUUUUUUAUGCAUGCAAAAUAUCUUUCGAAAUAAUUUUUAUACCUGUACACAUGUGGACUAAUGAUGAUUUUUGAUUCUGUGCGAAGAUAUUUUCUGAAUACAAAGGAAUUUAUCAAAAUAUCGGCGCAUCUGAUGAGUCUCGGACAAUGAUUUUUAGAUAGGCAAAUCAAAUAAUGAUUACUUUUUUUUAAUGGCUGUGCUUUGAUACUUGAAAUCGAAUAUAACUUGUGUUGAACGUGAGUGCUAACAUGACAAUUUUAUGUUAUACGUAUAAUAAGGCUGCAAACUGGUAUAUAUGUUCCAAGAAUUAUACGUAUAUGCAAAGUUUCAUAAUUUUACUACAAUAACUGCUUUUGCCCUCUGAAUGCUUGAAGAUUUACACUUGAGAUAAUUGUCAUUUAAUUAAUAUAAUUAAUUAUUUAUAUAUAGUAAAUUUAUUAUGUACAUAUAUUAUAUAUUAUAUACAUAAUAAAUUCAUAUUUUAAUCAUAAUUGCAAUACAAGAGGGUAAGAACUGUCACCGAAUGUAUCGCAAAUGGACCAAAUGACGUAAUCAUCUUUAAGUUGUCGUAUUUUUGUUGAACCAAAGUAUGAGUUACUCGAGAAGAUUUGUUCAUUCUUUUCAUAUAUAUUCAAUUUCACAUUCGUGGAUCAAGAAACAUGAACGGGUUAAACUUUUUGGUCAAUCAAAUAUUGCCUCGAUCUGAGGAUAUUGAUAUCGUUACAAACUUGAUAUACUCAGCUAGUUUUUGUAAGCAACAUGGGAUAAGAUAAUAUUGUACACUGUAAAAAAUAAUUCUUAAAGUACAAUCGAGUGUCUCUCGUUGAGUAACACUCAGAACUUCAUUGGAUAACUGAAAACCUAAGAAUUGUUUGAUAUCUUUUUCAAUACUUAAUUCCAUGAUGUUAUGCGUGUUGUGUCGCGAAUCUCUCGACAUUGUGGCCAAAUAUGAGAUUAUGAUCAACUUAUGUGUGUCCGCCCAAAAUUUCAUAUUUAAAUAUACAGUUUCGUUUGAAAGUCCUUGACGAUUUAACGUGAUAUGUGAGCAUUACAUUUAUUGUGAUAGAUUUAUAAUUUAAUGUAAUCUCAAUUUUUUUUCUAAUUUAUUUCUAUUCCGUUAUACAAAGAUAUAUAAAAUAUAUAAUAGAAUCAAAAUAAAUUAGAAAAAUAUAUGCAUAUACGUAAAGAAGGAGAAAAUACAAGUUGUAUAGAGUAAUUUGAUUAUGCAUUCUAUUGUUUUAUUUCUCCCCGUUUUGUCAAUGCGUAACUAUAGUAAAGUGUAUGGCUAAUGCGCAGAGUUUAAAUAUGUACGUUUAUGAUCUUUCCUUUGUUUGCUGGCCAAACUUCCAUUGUCGAGAACACUCUUCUGAUCAACGUUUGUUAGAAAGAAUGCCAGUACCUUACCAUACCUAAAAUAAAGUAACUUUAAAAUUUUCCGGAACCAAAGAUAUUUUAUGCAAAGUAAAUUUCUGCAAAACGCAAAUCUCAGGUAUAUACAUGAUACAGAUAUAUGCUUAGAUGUAUAUAUGCCCCAUCCGUGGGUUUACGCAUAAAAAAAAACGCAUAUUUUAUGUAUUUAGUAACAUUGGAAAUGCUCUCGUAUGAUGUCAAUGACUAUCUCUCCUUUCUUUGUAACUUAUUUUUCUGCUGUAGAAAACUUCCUAAUGCGAAUUUUUUUUCUCUUAAUCGUCUUAAUUAUCCCUAAAUUAAAUGAUCCUCCCAUUGCGGUACUCACGGCUGUAGCUGUUAAAUUGGACGAUAUCUCUAAUUUCUCUGAUACGAAGACUUCGUUAUCCACAAUCUAUCGAUUAUGUCUUACGCUUCCACAGUCUUUCUCCUGAACGUUUGAAAUUACAAUUGUGUAGGAGAUGGGACAUUGUGACGGUGAAGGAAAAUGUAUACAUAUAGGUUUAACAUUUUAUUUAAAAAGUACCGUGAGAGAUUUAAGCAACAAAUAUCAAUGGAAAGAUCAGAUAAUCCAAGCUUAGAAAAUAUAAUUUUUACGAUAUAUAUAAGUUCCCUUUUUCUUCUUCAGUUCCACUGUGAACCUAAAUAACUUAAUAGUAAAUAAUAAUUUAUUUAAUGUUACAUCGUCAAGGAUUUGCACUUCAUAGUUA